AUGAAUCGGCGGCCUUUUUCUUGUCGCGAAUGCACCGCUGCAUUCUCUCGGAAAGACAUCCUCGUUAGGCACAUGCAGAUCCAUGAGCCGACGGAGACACCCCCAGCGAAGCAGCACAGGACACCCUACGUCGCUCAGGCCUGCUUGAAGUGCGCAAAGUCGAAGCAACGUUGUGAUGGCCAGCUUCCCUGUGGUAGAUGUACCACGAAGCAAUUUGAAUGCUCGUAUCCACCGUCGAAAAACAGACGUGCGGCUCAGAAAACACAAAGCUCUUUCGCCAGUCGUGAUCAAGGUCUACAAGAUGAGACAGCCUACACAGGAUUAGCUCAUCAGCCAGGGCCCACUCAACAAUCAGAGAACUCGACAGAUUCCGAUAUUACUUCACUCUCACACUGGCCGCCGAGCAACAUUGAACCAAUCAAUGGUCUGUCGUCUCAGCCUUCCCUGGCCCCAGAUCAAGAUAUCGAGUCUGUGUUCGAUGUAUAUGGCGACUUUGGAUGUUCUGGCCCCAGCGAUGCAGGAGCCUUUUGGAGUUUAGAGAACUUUCUCUCCAUGGGAGAAAUGCCUAGCUUACCAUCACCUUCAGCACAGCAAUUUCCACUGCCCCAGAUGACGGUUCCUGAACUUGCUCCUGCUGCAACACAGAUUAUGCCACCGCCAGUUCCAAGCGAACUCGAAGCCGACAGAUUUGAAUCAGAGACCCCAACACCAAGCCUGUCUCAGAAUUUCAGAUCCCCUCAUUCCUCGAAUGAACGGUCAAGUGUUAGGAGCCUUUCGGCUACAAAUGAUUGUGUUGACCCGGAUUCUGAUGCCUGGCGCGCAGAGGAUUACUGCCACGUGCCGCGUUUGUCAGAGGACGCGUAUCAAGAAAUGGCAAAGCAUUUUGCACGCUACAACCGAGACGACGAGUAUUGGUCCACCUUCACCAACAGCGACUUUCCAGCGAUCACUCAUAUCAAUACCUUCAUACAAGUGUAUUUUGAAGAGUUUCAUUGUCUCCUUCCGUUCCUUCACAAAGCAUCUUUUGCCCCAACAAAGGACCAAUGGAUUCUGUCCCUUGGUGUUGCUGCGAUUGGCAGCAUAUUCUCCCGGGCAACAAAUUCGAGAAUGACAUCCUUCGACUUGCUAGAGCUCCUACGACGUGCUAUACAUGUCCAGUCUGAACGGGUCCGAAGUUCGCAAUUAGAUAUUUCCUUCGUACAGGCUGUUCUCCUAUAUCAACUCGGUAUGAUGUUUGGUCCAGAGACUGCACGAAUCGAGACUGUACCUAUUACGAGGGCGCUCCUUGAGACUCUGUGCCGAAAGAUGGCAUGUUACACCAAUUUCGACGCCUUUUGUCAACCUCUCGACAGUGAAAAGUCGGGCGAAGACAAUUGGGCCGCUUGGAUCAAGAAGGAAAGUCUUCACCGCUUAUUCUACUCAGUUUGGAUCCUCGACUGCGAGUACAACUGCUUUUGGUCAGGCUUAGGCAUAGCAACCAUUGAUUGCCUACAGCUGCCCGCACCUUUCCAUCCCAAGCUUUGGGAGGCCUCUUGUGAGGAAAUAUGGAAGAAACAUAAAAGUGUCAAAUAUCAUUCCGACAGGCUCAACCGUGCACCGAUCUACCUUGGCAUCCUCCAGGACCACGCCAAAACACUUCCGCCUUCAAGGCUCUCCGGUGCUGUUGAGAGUCUCUCCCACUUACUAUCAAUUUUUAUCUAUGCACCAGUUCAAGAGCUUUACGCAUUCUCGGGCUGGCAGGUAGAUACCACCCAACGUGCUAUUGUUCACGCCAAGUUACGUAUUUGGAUCCAAAGCAAAAGUGAAGCACGGAAAGCCCUCAUGCACGCCUGUAACGCGUGGUCAAUGAUUCGCAGAAGCAAAACCGGAGCACAGCAUGAGACGAUGGGAUUCUUGGUAGCAACGCUGCUGAUAUGGGCUUGGAUUGAGCUAGGGAACAAGCCAAAAGUAGAUGACAUUGAUCUAUUAUUGACUGUUCGAUUGGAUGAAGGAAAAGACUACUUGAAGGAAUGGAUCAAUACUAAUGAGGAAAGGCGUCUAUAUCUUGGUGGCGUAGGGUGUCUUUGGGACAAGGGAGCAGGAAGGAGACUGCUUCAUGAGUCUACAAACACUCUUGAUGGUUUCGACUGGCCAGCAGCUCAAGCGAUAGCAUCGAUUUUGCGAGAGCAUUACAAGUCUUUUCAUCAGGUGGCCGCCAUUAGCCCGACAACCUGA